GUUGAACCGGGCGGGUGGGCGAUGCUGAAUUGGAAAUGGCCGGGCUAGGGUUUAGCGACCCCUGUCUUAGGGUUUUCUGCUGCGCUCUGUGUGAGAUGAGAAACUUCUUGUGUUAAUCUCAUCGCUUCAGAGACUCCUCUCUGUCUCUGCUAUCACACAUUUAAUUAUUAUUUAUUUUUUUCUAAUGACAAUUGCAAUGAUUUGGUAAUUGUAACGACAUGAAGAUCCUCUGUCAAUUUCUGUAGUUGUUUUCAGACUUUCUAAGAUGCUAACUUGGUGUAUGGGAGCUAUGAGGGUAUUAUACAAUGGAUGUGAGGAACAGGAAAAGAAGAGUUGGAAAAUGUGGUGUUUGAGGAAGAUGGUAAAUUUGGAUGAUGCUGAAUUUCCUUAUAUUUUGAGAAUGGCCUUGAGCUGUGACUGAGAGUAUUUAUUCAUGAAGGACUGAAUUUGACAGCAAACUCUCAAAGGGUUAAUGGUUUCAAAAUCUGGUAGAUAAUUUUCUCUUUAAUGAUUACGGAAACUCUCAGUUCACUUUUGCAUCACUGCUCCAAAACCAAGGCACUUCGUUGUGGUCUUUCCCUUCAUGCUGCCGUUUUGAAGACAGGCACACAAUCAGAUGUUUUUAUGUCCAACCAUGUUCUCAACAUGUAUGCCAAGUGUGGACACACUACCUUUGCUCGUCAAGUGUUUGAUGAAAUGUUUGAAAAAAACCUUGUCUCUUGGUCAGCUAUGAUCUCUGGCUAUGACCAGGCUGGGGAGCCUCAGAUGGCAAUUGACCUGUAUUCCCAAAUGUUCCUUGUUCCAAAUGAAUAUGUCUUUGCAAGUGUUAUUAGUGCCUGUGCCAGCCUCUCAGCUGUGACUCUAGGGCAAAAGAUUCAUUCUCGAUCAUUGAAGUUUGGCUAUGAAUCCAUCUCUUUUGUCUCCAACUCGCUUAUCUCUAUGUAUAUGAAAUGUAAUCAAUGUAGUGAUGCCUUAUCAGUCUUCACUAAUACUCCUGAACCAAAUUGUGUCUCCUACAAUGCACUAAUUACUGGAUUUGUGGAAAACCAGCAACUGGAAAGAGGGCUUGAAUUUUUCAAACUUAUGCGCCAACAAGGUCUCAUUCCAGACCGUUUUGCUUUCAUGGGAGUUUUGGGGAUUUGCACCACUACAGAGAAUUUGAAGAGAGGAGCAGAAUUGCAUUGCCAGACAGUCAAACUUAAUCUUGACUCCACCCCUUUUAUUGGCAAUGUGAUAAUAACAAUGUAUUCAGAGUUAAAUCUAAUACAAGAAGCAGAGAAGGCCUUUAGAUUGAUUGAAGAGAAAGAUGUGAUUUCAUGGAACACCCUUAUUGCUGCUUGUUCUCAUUGUGAUGAUCAUGCAAAGGGCUUGAGAGUUUUCAAGCACAUGACAGAAGAAACUAAUGUAAGGCCUGAUGACUUCACUUUUACCAGUGCCCUUGCUGCCUGUGCAGGGCUUGCUUCAAUGAGCCAUGGUAAGCAGAUACAUGCUCAUCUAAUGAGAACGAGGCUGUAUCAGGAUCUGGGAGUUGGCAAUGCACUUGUGAACAUGUAUGCUAAAUGUGGUUGUAUUGGCUAUGCAUAUGAUAUAUUCAGCAAAAUGGUCCAUCACAAUCUUGUCUCAUGGAACACCAUAAUUGCUGGAUUUGGAAAUCAUGGGCUUGGGGAGAGAGCUGUAGAACUUUUUGAGCAGAUGAAUGCAAGUGGGAUAAGGCCAGAUUCAGUUACAUUUAUUGGACUUCUAACAGCUUGCAAUCAUGCAGGGCUAGUAGAUAAGGGGCAAUUAUACUUCAAUUCUAUGGAAGAAACUUACGGAAUUGCCCCUGACAUAGAGCAUUUCUCUUGUCUUAUUGAUAUGCUGGGACGGGCUGGGAGAUUAAAUGAGGCAGAAGAGUACAUGAGGAAAUUCCCUUUCUGGAAUGAUCCAGUUGUUCUAGUGAGCUUGCUUUCUGCUAGCCGUCUGCAUGGAGAUGUUGUAAUUGGGGAGCGUUUGGCUAAAUGGCUUCUAAAACUUCAGCCUGUGACUACUUCUCCUUAUGUAUUAUUAUCAAACUUGUAUGCUUCAGAUGGGAUGUGGGACAGUGUUGCAGAGGCAAGGAAGAGGUUGAAGGGUAGUGGUUUGAAGAAGGAGCCUGGCCAUAGUCUGAUUGAAGUGAAUGGAAGUGUAGAAAAGUUUACAAUAGGGGAUUUUACUCACUUGAGGAUUAAAGAGAUAAAGGGCAUACUCAAAACUUUGAGCUGGGCAGUAGGUGAAGUUACUUUAUACAAUUAAUCUUUCAGAAAAAGUUCUAUGAUCAACUGCAGAGACACGGAGUUCACACUUUGAUGUGGACAGGUGGUGUGAAGAAAGGAAGAGUCUCUGAAAUAUUGAUACAAGGUCAUAACUAUAUUGGAUCCAACUUUUGGCUUACCAAGAGGCUGUGAUUAAUUGCUGUCUGAUCUCCUGCCAUUGGCCCGCAUUUUCUUAUGAGUGAUUUCUUAGACUUCCAUUUUCAAUCUGUGACAGAAACUUAGAAAUCCACUCAUAAAAGGUGUAUUCACUAUUCAAUGAGUCGGAUGGCAAUUUUAUUUGGCAAAUAUAUGCAUUGCAGGGAAUGGCCUGGAAGCAUUGCAAAGCUUACUUGCUGGGUAUGCAAAGCGCCCUUAAUGUUUCUGGGAAAGCAGAAUUUGAAGAGAUCUUGUCAAGAGGAGAGGUGUGUUGGAGACAAAUAUCCAUCAUGAAAUUGACCAAGGGGAAUGUAGUUUACAAGCUUUUCCAGAGGUUGGCUAAUGGUUAAAGGAGGAAGUUUAUUAAAUCCAUUCAAGCCACAGAUGUAUCUGGUUUGUUGACCGGGAAAAUAUUCUUAGAAGAUUUUAGGUUUCUUCAGCUGUCACUACAACAGCAGGAAGGGAGAGAGCUGUUGGAUUGAGGGUUUAGAGUGAUCUCCUCUUCAGAGGUCUAUGUGGUUAGGGUGCCCCUUCUUCUUCUGAGGAAAUUUGGGAGGCUGCUCCUCCAGAUGAGUGGGGGACAUCCCAGUCUUAAUGGUUUUUGUCUAGCAUUUGACAGAUAUUGCCUAAGAUAGAGAGAAGAUCUUAAUGAAAAUACUUGGUCGAUGCUAUGGCAGUGGGUUCAUCAACAAGCACUGAUACAACUUUCAUUGUCCUUGUUCUUAAGAAAGCCACUAUUGAUGGAGUGAAGAAGUUCAAGCUCACAAGCUUGGUUAUUAGUCUUUUGUAAGUUCAUUGUUAAGGUACUGUCCUUGUGCAGUCAAGAAGUGCUUCAUGAGAUCAUUUCCUCUUCCUAGGAAGGUUUGCUCAAGGGUAGACAAAUACUGGACAUUGUGUUGCUAGCUAAUGAGAUGGUAAUUGGAAAGUUACAUUGUGUUGAUAGCUAAUGAGAGAUGAGAAUAAGAUACCAAGAAAAUCAGUGGUAAUGUUAAUUGGGACUAUUUGGUUUUGCUACGUGAAAUGAUGGGUUUUGGGCAGAAAUGCAUUAAUUGAAUAGAGUGUGAAAUGACUGGUUUUGGUAAAAAAUAAAUGGAUUAGUUGGAUAUGUCUCUUGUUUGAUUCUCUAUUUUGGUUAAUGACACACCAAUUAGUUUGUUCCAGAAUCUCCUAAGAUAAGGACUUCACUGGAGUGUUGUUGAGUUUCUCACCUUGGGUAUGGCUAUGAAUGUCACCUUUCCCUUCAGCACUUGAUGUUUGCAGCUGUUACACAAACUGCAAGGUGGACAAAGAACAAGUUUUGUUUCUUAGUUGUGUCCUUUGGUUCUUUGGAGUUGUCUUGAAUUAAAAGUUAAUUUACACAUAGUAUGUACAUCCAGUAGGGCUACUUAAUUAAAAGUUAAUUAAGGAUGCAGCAUAUUGAACUUAUUCAUCUACUUGAUGCCCACCUUUGUAAUGCCAAGGGUAAUUCAGAACAGGCUUGGUAAGCUCUAGAGAGACUUUUUGGGGUUGGGUUGGGAAGGAACAAAUUUAAAUCCCUUUUGGUUAAUUGGUGGUCAUUUGCUCUUUGAAGGAUGAGGGUGGUGUUGGGAUUAGAAGUCUUACUACUUUUAACAAGUUAGGCUAGUGGCUUGGGAGAUUGCAGUUACAAAUGAUGAAGUUCUUCUUGGAAAGCAUUUUGCAAUGGAGGUGAAAGGGAGGAUAAGUUGGUAAGACAUCUAUUUAAGAGGGGUUGGUUCUGUGUUAAAUGUUAUUGCAAGGCACAUUCUACAGGGCACAUCUCUUUCCUCAUAUUGGUGGUAUUAACUUCUGGUGCUCCUUUUAAGGGUGUUUUUAUUGUUGUUGUUUCAGCAGCAGUAUGGGUGAGAAUCCCUAUUUAUCCACUGGCUGAUGAGAGGGGGAAAGUAUCUUCUUCAAAUGGUGCAGCAGGUUUAACCAAAGUGAGGGGAUGAUUUACCACCUUCUUACCCAUUGCUCAGUUUCUCAUACCUUAUGGCCCUUUGUUUUCCAUCUUUUGGGUUUGCAUGGUCCACCCUUACUCAGUAAAGAAUAGAGUUAGCUGGCCGACUGUUCCAUAACAAAAAGCAGGAAAGUGUGAAGAACUGUCCCUUUGAGCUUAUUUUAGUUGGUUUUGAGGCAUGGAACUAUUGGAGUUGAAACUGAAAAGUAUCUUUCUUGAGUAUUUGUUUGUUUGCUUGAGGGAAUCUGUAGGGAAGGGGAGGCCUAAGGCCCUUUGUAUUGCUUCUUUCCUUUUCUGCCUCUUUUGUGUACUGCUAGUAAACUUCUGUGUAUUAUUAGGAUGAUGUCCCCCUGCUUUAGGUGUUUUCUAGUAUCUUUUCUAUUUCUUCCUGUAAAAAAGGGGCCAUGCUUAAGCUUCCAUAUGCUAAUUAUGUUUUUCACAAAGUGGGCUGAACAUUGCUCUAAUACCUUAGCGUUUGCAUGUUUGCAAGGAUUCUUCUCCCUCAGCUGUGGCUGAGAAACAAAAGUAUGAACUUUUUGUGGAAUUGCUAAACUUAGUUGCUACAAGAUGAGCAAUUAAUCUACCUAAAUAUUGGUGAGAUCCUAUUAAAUUCUAUGGUUCUCUGUUCCCUCCUGGAAUAUGUAGUGAUCCAACAAUUAGACAGUAAAGAUAAUUAGUGUACUAGAGUUUCUUUUUAAUGUUUACAUCCUUAGGCCAAAAUUUUCAUCCCCUAGAAUGCAAACUUCCAUGGAAUAGCAUUUUUCAUGCAAUGUGCCUUCAUUUGUUAUACAGAGAAGCAUUUCAAUUCUCAUUGGAUUCUUUUACAUAGUCUUUUGCUAAGUUGAAGAUUUACUCAACAGACAAACUCCCCUUCAAAGUGUUUACCGUAGGAUGUACAUCAAGAACUGGCUCAACUAUUGGCUUUUAGGCUUUGCAAAUGUCUAUUCUAUGUGCUCCUCUGCUCUCCAUCUAUAUUCUAUGGGAUGGAGUUGAGAACUUGGAUAAUGACACUUUUAAGUUGGGAGGAUUGAGCCUUCACUCUUCUAGAGAGUAGGGGCUUUAUGUAUGUGGUUUAAGCACCCAACCCUUGACUAGAGGGUGUUGAUAUGAUUUCUUGGUGACAAGUCCAUCUGCAUACUUCCAUUCUUAUAAUUUAGAUGCUAUAUCGCUAUCUCAUCUAUCGACUACUUUUUUGCCAUGUAGCAUGUUUCAAUGAAGGGGCCACCUACAAAGCUGCACAAGGGAACACCAUGUCGGUUCUUUAUAGUAUGAUAUGAAGCAGAUGGUGAUGGAACUUGCAGAGCAGUGGGCAAAGGAUUCCUUUUACUAAAGCUGAAACCAAAGGCAAGUAUAUAUGGUGAUGAAGCAGUAGUUCCCUUGAGCCUCCAUUUACUGAGAGCAGAGAUUUUUUGGCUGUUGGUUUUGCUUUUCGGUCAAUCUUGUUUGUUAAAUUCAACUAUGGCCAGGAUUACUAUCUCGGUGUUUGAACGUGUCUGGUGAAGGAAUUCAACAAGAUGCAGUUGACAAGAUUGAUAGAGCUUCCUUCUUUGUUAACAUGAUCUAGUGCAACCUCCCUUUCUGUUGCUUUUGCUCUUUGUGAUGAAUCAAAGUCUUCUACUAUUUUGCACUAUAUGGAUUGCAUGAGUUGUUCAUUUUCAUAGAUUUUAGCUGGCUUUCCAAGCCAGGGCUGUGUUCUUGGAGCUUGGAAGUUAAAGAUGAGGGUGUGUUUUUGGUUGUGAAAUCAUAAUUUUUGUUCUUCUAUGGUAUAGAAAUGUACGGUGGUUGACUUUUAA